CAAUCGACAGCGCGAUGCAAGGAAUAGAAGACGAGAAGACGAGAUUUGAUGCAAAUUGCCUUUCAUGAGACAGACAAUGACAACUAGGAGAAGAACCUGAAACGCUUUGUACCCAUCGGCGCCAUCUGCUCGACGCCGAUGUCGUUCCUCGCUGACUUCUGGGAGAAACUUAAGAAAGGAGAUUACAGGGCCAUCGACAUCGCGUUGACGGCGGCGCUCACGCUGGGCGCAACCAUUUCUACCGGCAUCUCCAUUUAUGAGGUCUACCUGAAGCGGCAGACCCAGGCUGCCGCACGUGAAGCCGCCAGCAGCGGUCCAAAGCGAGGCAGGCCACUGCCGGAGAGCCUGAUUGCUCUGCACGGGCUGCGACCCGAGCAGCUUCAGUUCCUGGACGUGCACGAGGGGCUGAUGCUGACGUGUCUGGUGCCGCCGGGGCAGCUGGCCCUGGCCUCGGGCGAGGUGUACGGCGUGGACGUGGUGCUGGACGACCUGAAGCGCAAGCUGCUGCGGCCGGUGCAGCUGCGCGACUGGUACAGCCGCGGCCUGUGGCGCCUGCCCAAGGGCGUGCUGCUGUACGGACCGUCAGGCACUGGCAAGACGUCGCUCGCCAAGGUGAUCGCCAAGGCCGGCCAGUUCCGGUUCCUGCACCUGAGCGCCGCGGCCAUCAGCGACAAGUGGAUCGGCGAGGGGCCCAAGCGCGUGCGGGCCGCGUUCAGCCUGGCGCACAGGGUGGCGCCCUGCAUCAUAUUCGUGGACGAGGUGGACACGCUGCUGUCGCGGCGCACCGACGCCAACCAGCCGGGCGGACACGAGGCCUACGACCAAGUCAAGACCGAGUUCAUGUCGCAGUGGGACGGCCUGCUGAGUGAGGCGGCGCAGCUGAGCGGGGUGGUGGUGAUGGGCGCAACCAACCGGCGGCAGGCGCUGGACCCAGCCGUGCUGCGCCGCUUCACCCUGCAGUACGAGGUCCCGGCUCCCGGACUGCCCCAACGCCGGGCCAUCCUGCUGGGCUACCUGCGCCGCCACGUCGGACCCGUGGAGCACGACCUGCUGCCGCCGGGGCUCAUGGCGGCGGAGGCGCGGGCGGCACUGCGCCGCCGGCAGCGGCAGCAGCAGAAGCAGGCCCGGCAGCAGCAGCCGGUGGCGGCGUCAGAGGCGGCGGCGGCGGCAGAGGCGCGGGAAGAGGGGGCGGGGCGUGUGGAGGAGGGAGAGGUGUCGUCCGAUGCCGCCUGCUCCAGCGUCAGCGCCAGCGCCAGUGACGCCUCGUGCGACGGGCCCGAACCGAGUAGUGACAUCAGCACCAGCGAUGUGGAGUGUGGUGCGGCCGCUGGCAGGAGGGGCCGCAGCUCGGGCGCAGGUGACGACACCAGCACCAGCACAAACACAACCGAUGCCAGCAGAGACACGCUCACGGACCCUCAGAAGCGCGACAUCAAACUCAACACCACCAGCACGAGCAGUAGCAGCAGUGGCGGCACCCUCAUCAAAGGCCCCCAACAGAAGGCUCACGUGGACUCACCAGCUGCGGGGCAAACAGCGGCUGCGGAGGCGGCGGCACCGGCGACCAUGGUGACAGCAGACAACGAGCCCGGCACCGAGCCUGACGCCGGGGCAGAGGGGGAAGCGGGAUUGCCGCUGGACGCUGCCGAUGAUCACAAUGACGACGAUGAGACGGGUGCUGACAGUGAUGGCGGAAGCGGCGAUGACGUUGACGCGCCCGGUCUGGACUGGCUGGCUGCGGCGACGGAGGGCCUCACGGGGGCCCACCUGCGGGAGCUGUGCCACCGCGCGGCGCUGCUGGUGCUGGAUGAGGUGCCCGAGGAGCAGCUCAAGAGCUUGCACCCGGACCGGGGCGGCGUGGAAGUGCUGCGGGCGCUCUGUCGGCACGACUUUGAAGUGGCGCUGCGGCUGCAGAGCGGCGCACCUCUGGCGGGGUGAUGGCAGCUUCCGGGCUGGUAGCGGCAUUUCGCGUGGGCACAUCCGCAUUUGAAUGCGACAUUACGCAAAGGCGUACCGUAUGGGCAACAUACAGGGCAGGGAAAUGACGCGGAUGGGGCACCGUACGAAACGUAUGCCGCACAACCGAGUGCGGCCGUUACGGUGCGCGAUCCAUUUCUGCAUUUGCUUGUGUGGGAGGCAGAGGUCAAGAGCUGCCUGUCUGCUUGGUACGUAUAUACUGCUGGCAGCGACAGUUUCGCUUUGUAGGACUACUGGGAUACAGACUACAGAGACAGGUGGCAUGAUAGCCCCGGUAGAGAGGUGCACGGCUGUUGCAGUCACUGUGACGACACGGAUGACACGGGCACGGGGGACGGUCAACUUUCAUACGGAAACCAUCUGGAGGCAAUAACCCAUAGCCCGGUAAUGCUCCACGCACCCUCGCGCACGCGACGACUGUCAAGCACUUCAGAAGCUUGUCAAGGAAACGGUCCAUGCAUGGGGUUGGUUGGGUCCGGAACGUUGGUGGGUCGGGAAUCGCAUGUUACGGCCUGGCGUCCAGCGUUGUUCAUGCACGGCACGACGGGGGAACGGCGGUAUCCGUCACCAUAGCACACUCUUGCCUUAUAGCCACAGGAUGCACAACGCGCAAUUGAUGCAGAUGAAUAAGCUGUAACGAAAGCAGUGC